AGUCAGGAUCUUAUCGAUAAGAGCAACCGAAUUUUAGGUUAUGUUAUGUAGAUUACAGUGAAUUAACCUUGAAUUAACAAAAUAAAGUGAAAAAAACUUUCUUUAUUCGUUAUAUCUAAGUUGUUAUCAACUCUUUAGAGUGUUUAUUGUUCAUGUUAUAUAUUUUUCAUUGGUUUUUAUUGACUAUAUAAUUACUUGAACGAUUUUUUAAUUCAUAAGUAGUGUUGCAUGUCGCAAAUUUUAGGUUAUCAACCUUGUUAAUUUCAUUUAAUUUGUAAAAAUUUCUGAAUUUAGAACUAAAGUUUAAAAAUAUUUUCCACUUAUACCAGUUAAACUUGGCAAUUAUCUAGAUUUAAUAUCCAAAUAACACAUUUAAAAUGUCGAAUGACAAAACAAACCCCACUGGUAUUCCCACAGACAUUGAUCCUAGUAAAUAUGGCUAUGAUCUGUACCCCCAACGCUGGAAGAAGAGGGAACAAUCUUUCUCCGACAUGCUUCUUGGCAGGAAUCUUGAAACUGAACGCAUAAAGUGUGAAGGCAGAGUAUAUGACUGUCUAAAAACAAAUCGUUUGGUGAGGCUUAUGAUGUCAGCUUUAAAAAGUGCUGGGUGUCCUAUAGACAUUCGCAGACAUAUAGCAUGCGAACCAUGUGACAACUCAGUGACUGGAGGCUAUGAUCCUAUUAUGAAUCAGAUAGUAGUGUGCAACCAGACCAGCUCGUCUAUAGUCCCAGGAGUGCUAGCUCACGAGAUGAUCCACAUGUUCGACUAUUGUGUGCACAAAGUCGACUUCAAGAAUAUCGAUCAUGUGGCCUGUACCGAGAUCAGGGCUGCCAACCUCACGCAUUGCAGCUUCAUGAGUGCUUUCAUGCAGGGUGACGUCACGCCUUUCAAUUUUAGGAAAUUACAUCAGGACUGCGUGAAAACGAAAGCCCUCCACUCAAUUUUGGCAGUACGGGAUGUGACCGAAGAGCAAGCGGUGGCUGUCAUUGAGAGAGUUUUCCCCACCUGUUACAGCGACCUUGAGCCGAUCGGCAGACGACUUAAGAGGAAUAGCAACGAUAUUGAUAAGGCAUACAGGGAAGGCUUCUAUUAUGGAUAUGUGUAGCUUAAGAUAUACAUUCAGUGAAGUUUAGAUUUUUCGUAAUAUGUAAUUAAUAAUUGAUUUAAUAGGCCUAAUUGUUUAUUGAGAUAUGUCUAGCUUAAGAUAUACAGUCAAUAAAAUAGAAUUAUAGUACCCUCCAAAAUUAAUAGAAUAAUAAAACAAUAAUACAAAUUGUAACGUAACUACUUUUUACCGUAACUAAUUGUAACGAAAAGUUUAUUUAAAAU